UCAAAAUAUCCCAUGCUAAUCCACACUUCUUCAACACAACUUCUACAACUUUGGCUACCCUUCCUUGCCAAAUUUAGAUGUCUCGAGGAUCAACAAUCGUUGCUGCUUCAACUGAAGAACAACCUCACAUUCAAUCCUGAAGAUUCCACCAAACUGAAGUUGUGGAGCCAAAGCAUUGAUUGUUGUGAUUGGAGUGGUGUAACCUGCAACAAUGAGGGACAUGUCAUUGGCCUUGACCUGAGUGGAGAAUUGAUCAGUGGUGGAUUUGAUGAUUCAAGUGUUGUUUUCAGUCUUCAACAUCUCCAGAAAUUGAAUUUGGCUGCUAAUAAUUUCAGUUCUGUCAUUCCAUCUGGAUUUAACAAGUUGGAGAAGUUGACUUAUCUGAAUUUGUCAUAUGCUGGCUUUGUGGGUCAGAUUCCCAUUGAGAUUUCUCAGCUAACAAGGUUGAUUACUCUUGAUAUCUCUUCUCUUUCCUUUUUAACUGGGCAAGAGCUGAAGCUUGAGAACCCAAAUCUACCAAAGCUUGUCCAAAAUCUUACUAGUGUUAGGCAACUCUAUCUAGAUGGUGUAAGUGUAACAGUUCCAGGACAUGAAUGGUGCAACGCUUUGUUGUUGCUGCAUGACCUGCAAGAACUUAGCAUGUCUCAUUGCAAUCUUUCAGGACCCCUUGAUCCUUCCCUGACAGGACUUGGGAAUCUAUCGGUCAUUGUUCUUGAUCAGAAUAAUUUAUCAUCCCCAGUGCCAGAAACAUUUGCCCAUUUGAAAAAUCUCACCAUUUUAAGUCUUGUUUAUUGUGGCUUGACUGGAACAUUUCCACAGGAUAUCUUCAGCAUUGGAACAUUGUCAGUUAUUGACAUAUCACUCAACAACAAUCUCCAUGGUUUCUUUCCAGACUUCCCACCGGGUGGAUCUCUUCGGACCUUAAGAGUAAGCAACACAAGCUUCUCUGGAGAAUUUCCACACUCUAUCCGUAACAUGAGGAACUUAUCUGAAUUGGAUUUUUCUUAUUGUCGAUUUAACGGAACACUUCCCAGUUCACUAUCAAACCUCACAGAGCUCAGUUACCUGGACUUGUCAUAUAACAACAUCACUGGUCAAAUGCCAUCAUUUGAAAUGGCCAAAAAGCUUACCUACUUAGACCUUUCUAAUAAUGGUUUGAGUGGCGCAAUUCCACCAUCUUCUCACUUUGAAGGACUGAACAACCUUGUCAGCAUUGACUUGGGUUAUAACUCGAUCAAUGGGAUAAUUCCUGCAUCCCUUUUUACACUCCCACAACUGCAAAGGAUUCUGCUUUCCCACAAUCAGUUUGGUCAACUAGGUGAAUUCAAAAAUGUCUCUUCUUCUAAAUUAAACAUCCUUGAUUUAAGUAGCAACAAUCUAUCAGGACCUUUUCCAACAUCUAUCUUCCAGCUCAGUACACUCUCUAUCCUUCAACUUUCUUCAAACAAGUUCAAUGGGUCAAUGCAUCUAAAUAAGCUUUUGGGGCUCAAAAAUUUAACUACACUAGACCUUUCAUAUAACAACCUAUCAGCCGAUGUGAAUGUUACAAAUCUUGACCGAUCAUCCUUUCCCAGCAUUAGUACUCUAAAAUUGGCAUCCUGCAACUUGAAAACUUUCCCUGCCUUCUUGAGAAACCAUUCCAGAUUAGCAACUCUAGAUCUUUCAGAUAACCAUAUUCAAGGAAUAGUGCCCAACUGGAUUUGGAAACUACAGAAUCUUGUCAACCUCAAUAUUUCCCAUAAUUUGUUGACUCAUUUGGAAGGACCUUUGCAGAACCUUUCUUCCAACUUGUAUGUCCUUGACCUUCAUUUCAAUAAACUUCAGGGGCCGGUACCUGUUUUUCCUAAAUAUGCUACGUAUUUGGAUUACUCAGGAAACAAAUUUAAUUCUUUUAUCCCACAAGAUAUUGGUAAAUACUUGUCUUUCACUAUUUUUUUCUCUCUUUCAAAUAAUAAUUUGAGUGGCAGCAUCCCCGAUUCCCUCUGCAAUGCUUCAUAUCUUCAAGUGCUUGAUCUUUCCCAUAAUAACAUUUCUGGAACAAUUCCCUCAUGUUUAAUGACAAUGGGUCAGACACUUGGGGUAUUGAACCUGAGAAAGAACAACCUCACAGGCCCUAUCCCAGAUAUGUUUUCAGUUGCCUGUGCACUAAGGACUCUGAAUCUCCAUCACAACAAAUUGGAUGGAAAGAUUCCAAAAUCUCUUUCUAAUUGCACAACAUUAGAAGUGUUAGACCUCGGAAAUAACAAUAUUAUGGAUGCCUUUCCAUGCUUGCUGAAGAACAUAUCCACACUCCGGGUCUUGGUCUUGCGAAAAAAUAAAUUUUAUGGUCACAUUGGAUGUCCAAAGACCAAUGGCACUUGGCACAUGCUUCAAAUAGUGGAUCUAGCCAUUAACAAUUUCAGUGGCAAGCUACCUGCAAAGUGCUUCACAACGUGGGAGGCAAUGACGUCUGAUGAAAACCAAGCUGAAUCCAAGGUAAAUCACAUCCAAUAUCAGUUUCUUCGUUUCGGCGACCAAAUAUAUUAUCAGGAUUCAGUGACAGUUACAAUUAAAGGUCAACGGAUGAAUCUGGUUAAGAUUCUAACUGUCUUCACUUCGGUCGACUUCUCAUCCAACCAUUUCGAAGGGGAAAUACCAGAAGAGCUAUUUGACUUUAAAGCACUCUAUAUACUGAACUUGUCAAAAAAUUCUUUUUCUGGCCAAAUUCCAUCAUCAAUAGGAAAUUUGAAGGAUCUUGAGUCCUUAGACCUGUCAAAUAACUCACUGGAAGGAAACAUUCCCGCAGAACUUGCAACUUUAUCCUUCCUAUCAUUUCUGAACCUUUCCUUUAAUCAUCUGUCUGGGAAAAUCCCCACAGGUACCCAAAUUCAAUCAUUUUUAGAAACUUCCUUCAUUGGUAACAAAGGAUUGUGUGGCCCUCCUUUGACUAAAUGCACCGCCAAUAUCAGUCCUGCAACUACAGAAUCAACCAUGAAGUUUGAUUGGCAGUAUAUGUGCACCGGAAUCGGUUUUGGGGUUGGAGCCGGAGUCAUAGUUCCAACAAUGAUGAUUUGGGAGAGAGGAAGGAAAUGGAGCAAUCAUAGCAUUGACCAAUUGCUUGUGCUAGUUUUUCCACUGUUCGGGUUAGUUUACACCCCCAUUGAGGAUGAUGUUGAUGAUGAUGAUGAUGCAGAAGAGAAGGACGAUGAUUCUAGCAAAGAAGAAGAUAAUUGGGAUUACCUAAGUUUCAGAGGAAGGUAUUGUGUUUUUUGUUCCAAACUUGAUAUCACUAUGAAGAAGGUCAUUCAUGACCCCAGUUGCACAUGUUACCCCUCAUCAUCAGCUUCAGAUUCUUCUCAUUCAUCUAAAUCAUAUUCCCCUCAGUGUAAUACAACAUGAUCAUUGGUUUCUGUUUCUGAUUUUUUAUUGCUUGUCUUCAUUAUUUCCUUCGAAAGCAUACAUGUAUAUGUUGUACUUGUACAUAAUACACAAAUAAAAGUAUCCGAGAGUGGCAAGCAAACAAUGAGAAAGGCAGAAAGCAAUAAUGUCUUCUCUGGUUUUUCAGAAGGUGGUUUUUGUGGCAAUAGGUAUUAAGAAAAAAGAAAAAGAAACUUACAGAAUAAAGCCAAUGCUCAUUCAGGAUUUUCCCCGAA